CUGCACCGCAACAGGUGGUGGUGACUGAAUGUCCCACGGGCUGGAAGCUGUUACACAUGGAUCAACCUGUUUAGCACAAACCAGUGGAUGGAAGAGUCUACAAUAAGGGAAGUCUGCAGCUGUAUUGGAUAAAAGAGAGUCUCAGAGAUUGCUCAAGUUGAACUGGGAUUAGAUUUUUUUACAAAAAUCCAACUGAUCUGAAAAAGCACAGCACCAUGAGCCUGGCUAAACUGCCCGGCAUAAAGGGCCUUGUGUCCAGCUCCCAGGCCAAAAGACGCUUCAAGAGUGACCUGUCUGUGGACAUGAUCGGCCCACCCAUGGGAGACUUUCGCCACACCAUGCACGUCGGGCGCGGAGGUGAUGUCUUUGGAGACACGUCUUUCCUAAGUAAUUAUGGAGGAGGAGGGUUCAGGGAGCCGAGCAGUCCAGACUCCACCACCUCCAGGACUGGCUUUUUCACUCGCAAAUUCAAACAUGUGCGCAAGAACUCUGCACCACGCACCAGGGGCGGGUCACGUGACUUGUCCUCUCCACCCCCCGAAGUAUCACCCAUCAUCAAGAAUGCCAUCUCCCUGCCCCAGCUCAAUAUGGUGGACUCUGCCAGUGGGUGCCUACAGAGGGCAGUGUUAACCACUUCAUUCAGUUCUACAGAUGAUGCCCUCUGUACAUACGGUUACCAGUCUGGCUUUGUGACUCUGCCUCGGCUCUCCCGCAUGGACAGACCAGGCCCAGAUGGAGAGUCCUGCCGGGGCUCUCUGCCACGCUCCGACUCCCUAACCUCUUUCACCCUUGACUUGGGGCCCUCCCUCAUGACCGAGGUGCUCAGCAUGAUUGACAUCCACAGCUGCCUUCAGACGUCCAAUCAGAGCCCGACAGAGAGGCAAGGGGAGGGGCAAGAAGAUGAAGAAGACGAAGACUCAGAGACGCCUGUACAGAGCCCUGAGGUCCUCUCACCUGAGCCUAGUGUGAGCAUGUACAGCAGACACAUGCACAGCAGGGGGCGCUGUAGUGGCUCAGACUUUACGCAGCCGCAGGAGUUUAGGAGAUCUGUAGACCUGUCUGAGUGUGGGAUGCAGGCCGAGAGUUUUCAAAGAGCAGCUCACGUCCUGUCCCGUCAUUAUGGAGGAGCGUCCUUCACACACAGGAGCAGAGGGAGGAUGUCACCUGUUUGUAACCAUGACAACACGUCUCCUGUCUGUAACCAUAACAACAUGUCUCCUGUCUGUAACCAUGACAUGUCUCCUGCCCAUAGCAAGAAGUCAGUAUCAAGUUCUUCAGAGGAUGAGGAAGAGAUCAAAGUAUGAACUCUAAGCGUAAACAGACUGAUCAGUACACUGGACCUGCGGGUUACUGAACUUGUGAUCAGACUAAACUCUAUGUUCAA